CGUAGAGAAUGAAAGUUUAAUUGCACAAUCAUUGCCCAUGAUAUAUGCGUUCGUAAUUUUUAUGAAAUCGCCUGUAAGUGUGGCCUCGUUUUGAAGUUACUACGGAUCUACGAGAUGGCAAAACGGCAAGAAAUUUUGAAAAUCGUAUCUUUAUUUACGGUUUUCUCAUUAUUUACAACACAAAUAUUUGGUAAACCAACUGAAAAGGGAGCUGUUACUAAUCCUGUCAUAUUAGUGCCUGGUGAUGGCGGAUCACAGUUCUUCGCCAAGUUGUCAAAACCUAGCGUCAUUCAUUAUUGGUGCAGUCAACAUACAACUGCAUAUUUCUCGCUGUGGUUGAAUUUGGAAAUGGUUAGCCCGUUUGUCCUCGACUGUUUCGUGGACAAUUUGAGACUUGUGUACAAUGAAACUAGUAGAAAGACGUCUAACUCCCCGGGUGUUGAUAUCCAAAUUCGAGAAUUCGGGAACACUUCUUCUGUAGAAUGGCUUGAUCCCAGUCAGGUUUCUCCAACAAGUUACUUUUCACCCAUUGCCAAUGCCCUUGUAAAGGCUGGAUAUCAACGGGGAAAGAGCAUCCGUGGUGCCCCCUAUGAUUUCAGGAAAGCCCCAAAUGAGCUCCAGGACUUCUUUGUGAAGUUUAAGGCCCUCGUAGAAGAUACAUACAAAAUAAAUGACAACAAAAAAGUUGUGUUUGUAUGUCACAGCAUGGGAAAUGUGAUGAUGUUAUACUUUUUGAACCAGCAGAAGCAGUCUUGGAAAGAUAAAUUUGUCUCCUCUAUGAUUAGUUUAUCUGGACCAUGGGGUGGGGCUGCAAAGACACUGCGGCUAAUGGCCUCAGGUGAUAACUUGGGUUUAUUUGUCGUAAACCCCUUCACUGUGCGCCCAGAACAACGUAGCAUGCCGAGUUCCGCCUGGCUUCUCCCGUAUGACAACUUCUGGGACAAGGACGAAAUUGUGGUCUCCCAACCCAAUGCCAAUUACACGGUGCAUGAUUAUAAACAAUUUUUCGAGGAUAUCAAAUUCCCCAAUGGCUUCCAUAUGAGAGAAGACACUAAAAACUUACUACAGGGUUCCGAAGUUGCGCCAGGUAUUGAAGUGCAUUGCAUGAAUGGAAUCAAGGUUCAGACACCUGCAAGUUUUAAAUACUCUGCCAAACAAUGGCCAGAUAGGCAACCUGAUACGAUAUAUGGAGAUGGUGAUGGUACGGUAAACCAAAGGUCCUUAUAUGGAUUUAAGAGAUGGCAGAGUAAGCAGAAACAGAAAAUAACGCACACUGAGUAUGCAGGUGUGGACCACAUGCAAAUUCUCGGACAUGAUAAAACGAUAGCUGAUAUUAGGGAUAUACUUGGUGUUUAAGCCCUUACAACAUAUCUCAUUCUUGUCAGGUUCUAAUGUGAUAUUUUUGCAAGGGUCAGUAUUAAUUACAAUCAAUGUUCAUGUAAAGAAAAAAUAUCGCAGUUUUAAAUGUGGAACUCAUUUCUGAAUUUUCAAAACAAUGACAAUAGCUCCAGGGUUAAACAGAACUUGGGAUAUUACUGAAUUAGGCGGGUAACCUUUUAUACACAAUUUUUUAUAGAUCACUCUGUCUUUUUUGUGAAAAACCUAGAUCUGUUUUUGGUGUUGGUGCUAAUAUAAAUAGUAACUAGAUGUAAUUUCUGUGAUAUUUAUCUGUUAGGAUUUGAUUCUUCACUCUCGCUCCAUCCCUAUAGGGUAUUUGAAAAACAUCAUUGUUUAACUUUUUUAAAACCCAGAACGACGGAUAUAUUUCUGUCAUGAUACCAAAAAUGUUACAUAUACUGCAUUAAAUAUAUUAACUGAUAUUGACUAAUUUGACAAACAUUGAGCUGUUGUAUUUAGAGUUAUUUAUUUAGUGUCAAAAAUGGGCAAAAACGAAAAAUUCAAACCUUCUCAAAAGACUAGCAUUUAAGAGCACAGGUUAAAAAUCAAAAUCUCACCUUUCAAAUCCUCUGGACUGAAACACUUUUUUGGUAUUUUUGACCCUUUUUUGCUGUAUCAUACCUCAUGUUAUCAGAUUUGUUCUGUAAGGGUGUUGCACUAAACCUAUAUUUUAGUUUUUAAGCGAGGUUUUCAGUAUUAUUGUACAGAAAUCAAUACAUAUAAUCCUUAAACAGCUGAAACAUGAUUUCAAAUUUUCGUGUAAAAUUAAUAAUGGUCCCAAUGAUUUAAGCUCCCGUAAUAUAUGGCCCAAAGUGAUUUGGGGAUGUUACACAAAAGAAUUAACACCAUUUAUUCUUUGAUUGUUAUAUCAAGAAAAAACAUUUUGUACGGGUGAGAACUCAUUCUCUGAACGCAGAGGAGGACCAGUCAUUUUCCAGUGCUGAAGAAGUAUGGUCCACUGCGUUUGGAGGAUGGUGAGAACUUAGAGCAAUUAUGAUAAGAUUUGCUGGCUGAAUGUGGGGAAUUUGAAGCAGUGUCAAAAUCCCCACCCUAGUCCAAAGUGAGUGAAUCCGA